AUGAUGGAAACUAAAUUUGAUGAACAAUUCCGAGGUGUCAUUUUUAUGCAAUACGUAGCUGGUAUCACGUCCACACUCGUAGCAUUGGGUUUCAACGCAAUGGAAAGUUGGACAUCUCCAGCCCUCCCCUAUCUAACAAGUGAAAAACUAAAAUCACCACUUCAAUCAACAGAUUUUGAUUCCAUUGCCUCUGUAUCGAUACUCGGAAGUUUUUUCGGUUUCAUUCUAAAUCCACUGCUCGUCAAUAAUUUAGGCACAAAAUCAACUCUGCUAAUUUUCGCCAUUCCACAAACAAUAUCAUGGCUAAUGUUAAUUUUCAGCGAAAAUUUAACAAUCAUCUGCCUAUCAAGAUUCAUAAGCGGUCUAGCCUAUUGUGGUGCACUAUCAACACUAGUCGAAUACUUAACAUCAAUAACAAAUUCCACUAAUAGAACCAAAUUUUUCACCAUCAUGAAUCUAUCCUCGAAUCUCGGCAAUUUAUUACCAAUAACAAUUAAUUUAUUUUGCACCUAUCUUCAAAUGAACAUCAUUCUAACGACAAUACCAAUUAUUUUCAUCGUCAUUUUUCUCAUCAUGCCAAAAUCAGACUACUUCAUCGAAAUGAAUAAAUGGAAGGAGGAGGAAGUUAAAAUCAAUUCGUCCAUUACUUCGCCCUACGGAUUCGACACUUUCCGAACAGCUCAAAAGAAUUUUAUAGAUGACAAUAUUUCCCUAAGGAACAAAACAACGACCAAAAUUGACAUUAUCGACAAGGAUUAUUUCAUUCUAAACAAGUUAAAUAAUCAAGAUAAGUUAAUAAUGAAUCACGACAAGUUGAAACUAAAUCAAGACACAAGGAAAACAGGACAUAUACCAAUUUUAAUCUACACCGAACAAUUUUUAACACAUCGUGGAUCAAUUAUAAAUGGUGAUCAAGCAUCAUUUUUAUUAACAAUCAUUAAAGUUGUUGCCGUUCUUCUAAGUACACAAUUUACCGAUAGAAUUGAGAAGAAAAAACUAUUAUUAAUUUGCGGUAUUAUUGGUUCAUUAUCAUUGGGUUUUGUUGGUCUAUUUUUUUUCCUUGAUACACAACAUUAUGACAUUAGCAAAAUUGGAUGGUUUCCAUUAGUUUUUAUAACAAUUUCAGAAAUUGCAAAUGUCAUUGGUAUUGGCAAUGUGUUUUUUGCCUUUCAAGGUGAACUAUUUUCAAAUGAUGUUCAAACAUUGGCAAUCAGUUCCAAAUAA